CACAUUUUUUUUCACCGGAUAAAACGAUAGACCAGUAUUUUUUACACACCAUGGACAACAACAAUAACAACCAGAUUCUUGACGUAGAUGGUUGGCCGAAUGACGUAUAUGGAUUUUUGAGGGGGACACGGUCAAAUGGAGUGAACAUGUGGGUCACUUUCUUAUUGGAGGACAAGGUUGAACUCAAUGACACAAAUGACAAGAAACGAUGUGGAUUACCUGAUAUCGGGAAGGAGGAACGGAAUGUAAAGGAUGAAAAGCGGGUGAAUGAGGAAGAGGACGGGGUGAAUGAGGAGGAGGAGUAUUACAACCCGUACAUUCGGCUGUAUGCCGAUUGUGAAGAUUGGGGAUAUGGUGACGGAAUGCCUGCGGCCUGGCGACAAUAAACCGAGGUCACAAAAACCUCUUGAGAAGUCGAUCGCGCUGGCGACCUAUGAGAUGCAUAUUCUUUCAUAUUAUAUAAACGAAUUACCAUAACAGACACUAUUCGUAUAAUGUAGGGCAAUUCGGUGGCAAGCAUAAGUGAACAUUCUUUUUGUUUGUACAAAGCAUUAUCAGAUCCAAAUUGCAUGAUAUAACUAUAGUUUGAUAUAUUUUCUUACCUUUUGGUAUAGCCUACAUUUCAAUUAUGGUCUUUGUGGUGAUGUAUCUGCGAAUACAUUUAGAGGUGACGAUUAUUUACUGUUA